AUGGACGAGUCCUGGUUUGAUAAUACUAUUGUUAUCGAUAAUGGUACUGGCUCAGUUAAAGCUGGACUGGCAAAGGACAGCCUUCCUAGCAUUUCCAUUCCUAGUGUUGUCGGUAAAUCCAAACAAACUUUGGUGUGUGCCUUAACACAAACGGACAGUUAUGUCGGUGAUGAGGCCCAAAGCAAGAGAGGAAUCCUCACCCUAAAGUACCCAAUUGAACACGGCAUCGUCACCAACUGGGACGAUAUGGAGGAGAUAUGGCGUCAUGUUUUCGACAAAGAGCUGCACUUGGAUUCAAAGGAACACAGGAUUCUGAUGACUGAUGCCCCAUUGACAUGCGCAACCGCUAGGGGUAGGAUGGCGGAAGUGAUGUUUGAAACAUUCAGAACUCCGUCUAUGUACGUAGCUAACGAAGCUUCUUUGUCCCUGUGUGCUUCCGGUUCCACCACGGGUCUCGUGUUGCAUUCAGGAUUUUCCCGUACUUAUGCUCUACCAAUUUACGAAGGCUAUGCUUUGCAAGAUUUAUUUUUGGACGCUAAGAUAGGGGGUGAAAAUAUCACUGAUUACCUCAUUAAACUUCUUUCAGAACGAGGCUACCCAAUACUUACAACAACCCGUUCAUCCCCGGAACGAGCGUCGUUGGAUAAGAUAAAGGAGGAUGUCACGUACUUUGCACCGCAGGUAGAUUCACGGAGUUCGGCGCCAGCUCCGAAAGUGGACGAUUAUUCAUUACCUGAUGGUUCGAUGAUCACGAUAAAAGACGAGAGAUAUGAGUGUCCAGAGUUAAUGUUCCAACCUAAACUUUGUGCCGGGUCAGGUUCAGAUGAGGGCGUUCAUUUCUUGGUACAUAAAACGCUUCAAAAGUGUAACGAUGACAUUUUGAAGCAGUUGGUAUCAUGUAUGACGCUUUCUGGAGGUAACACACUAUUUCCGGGUUUUGUGGAACGUCUGCGAAUGGAAUUGACGCCUAUUGUUCAACAGACGGUUGCAUCUCACAUUAGAGUUAUUGCCCCUAAAAACAGACAUGUGUCCUCUUGGAUAGGUGGCGCGCUUGUUUCAGCACUUCCGGUUUUUGAUAGGUGUUCGAUGUUUAUUAGUAAAGAUGAGUUUAUGGAAUGUGGACCGGAUAUUGUAGCCAGAAAAUGGCCGAUAUAG